AUGACCCAAGAACAGGUUCAUUCAGUGGUUCACGAGGCCAACAAUGUCAAAGCGCGGGCCACUCCGCAGGCCUUUUUUGACAAGCAGCCGGCCAAGUCUCUGUCUUCUUUGGAGGAGUACAAGGCCAUGUACAAGCAGUCGAUCGAAGAUCCAGAGGGCUUUUUCGGGCCGUUGGCCAAGCAGUAUCUUGACUGGGACAAGGAUUUCAAGGUCGUUAAGUCUGGCUCGCUCGCCAAUGGCGACGUGGCGUGGUUUCUGGGCGGAGAGCUGAACGCGUGCUACAACUGUGUUGAUAGACACGCUUUUGCCAAUCCAAACAAGACUGCCAUUAUUUUCGAGGCCGACAACGAGGAGCAGAGCCGCAAGCUCACGUACGGCGAGCUGCUGAACCAGGUCUCGCAGGUUGCAGGCGUUCUGAAGAGCUGGGGCAUCAAGAAAGGCGACACUGUGGCCAUCUACCUGCCAAUGACUCCCGAGGCAUUGAUUGCGAUGUUGGCUGUUGUGCGUCUCGGAGCGAUCCAUUCGGUCAUCUUUGCCGGUUUUUCUGCCGGCUCCAUCAGAGACAGAGUCAGCGACGCCGGCUGCAAGGCCGUGAUUACCUGCGACGAAGGUAAAAGAGGUGGCAAGAUCAUCAACACCAAGAAAAUCGUGGACGAAGGGCUCAAAGACUGUCCAACCGUGGAAAAGGUGCUUGUCUACAAGCGGACGGGCUCCGAGGUGCCAAUGAAGGAAGGAAGAGACUUUUUCUGGGACGAGGAAUGCGACAAAUUCCCCAAGUACUGUCCUCCGGUGCCGGUGAACUCUGAGGACCCGCUGUUCAUGCUGUAUACUUCUGGAUCCACUGGUGCUCCAAAGGGUGUUGUCCACUGCACGGGCGGGUUCCUGCUGGGCGCUCUCCUGACCACCAAGUACGUGUUUGAUGUUCAAUCGCAGGACGUUCUUUUCACUGCCGGUGACGUUGGCUGGAUCACCGGCCACUCGUACGCGUUGUACGGCCCACUUUCCAUCGGCGCAGCCACCAUUGUCUUUGAAGGAACUCCGGCCUACCCAGACUACGGCCGGUUCUGGAAGAUUGUCGAGAAACACCGUGCUACCCAUUUCUACGUUGCUCCAACUGCCCUGAGACUGCUCAAGAAGUCUGGCGAGGCCGAGAUCGAGAAGUACGACCUGUCGUCCUUGCGGACUUUGGGCUCUGUCGGAGAGCCGAUCGCAGCAGAGAUCUGGGAGUGGUACGACCAGAAAAUCGGCAAGAGCCUGUGCCACAUCUCUGACACCUACUGGCAGACCGAGUCGGGAUCUCACUUGAUCGCACCGUUGGCAGGCGCGGUUCCUACCAAGCCGGGCGCAGCCACCUUGCCAUUCUUCGGCGUGGACGCCGUCAUCAUCGACCCUGUCACCGGAAAGGUCCUGGAAGGAAACGACGUCGAGGGAGUGCUGGCCGUCAGAUCCAGCUGGCCGUCUCUCGCCAGAACCGUCUACAAAAACCACCACCGGUACGUGGAAACCUAUCUCAAGCCGUACCCUGGGUUCUACUUCACGGGAGACGGUGCUGGAAGAGACCACGACGGCUACUACUGGAUUAGGGGCAGAGUCGACGACGUUGUCAAUGUCUCGGGCCACAGGCUGUCCACGUCGGAGAUCGAGUCGGUUCUGUUGGAGAACAACCACGUCAGCGAGGCCGCUGUCGUUGGAAUCAACGACGACAUCACCGGCCAGGCCGUUAUUGCAUUUGUGCAGCUGAAGAACGAGUCUGAGACAGACGACGCGGAGGCGCUCACUGCCCUGAGAAAAGCGCUCGUGGUGCACGUCAGAAGCAUAAUCGGGCCGUUUGCUGCUCCAAAAAGCAUCAUUGUCGUUCCGGACCUGCCAAAGACCCGGUCUGGCAAGAUCAUGAGAAGAGUGCUCCGUAAGGUGUGCUCCGGAGAGGCCAAGGGUCUGGGCGACCUGAGCACGCUGUCGAACCCGCAGUCUGUUGAGACCAUCAUCAAGAACGUGGAGGAACAGUUUGGCGUGAAGAACUGA